AUCCGCUUCCGUAUUUCGGAUAAGAUAGUUUCCAUUUUCUAAGCGACCAAAUUGAACAAAAAUCUCCAAUCAUCUUUCGAACAGUUCAACGAUGUUAUCCAGCGAUUCUUCCAUAUUUGGUUCCUAAGAAAUUUCCCAGAAUUUUACGUCACUAGAUGGCUGUUGUGUUACCGUCAUCCAGAAUCUUGUCAUCCCCCCUCGACCGGCGCCCGGUGGGGAUAUUUUCUGAUUCAAACAGCAGAACUGUGCAGAAGGUUGAAAUUUCUCAAUCUAAUGCGUGUAGAAAGGAAAAUUAUAGGAUUAGGGUUUUAUCGAGAGUCAAGGAUUUGGAGGAGGCUGUGAAAGGCUCGAGUUUGGGGGAUACUAUGAGGUUGUUCGAGCAGUUCUCAGCUCAGCCGGUGAAGUCUAGUGCGACUUCGUCUUCAACUAAGAUUAGCAAAGAGGAGGAGGAGAAGCGGGAUUACUAUCUCAACACAGGCUACGCUAUCCGGACACUCAGAGAGGAGUAUCCAACGCUGUUUCAGAAGGAGCUUACAUAUGAUAUCUACAGGGAUGAUAUUACAUACAAAGAUCCAUUGAACACCUUUGUCGGCAUUGAGAAUUAUAAAUCAAUCUUUUGGGCGUUACGAUUCCAUGGUAGAAUAUUUUUCAGGGAAUUGUGGGUUGACAUUGUUAGUGUGUGGCAACCUGCAGAGAGCAUGAUAAUAGUGCGUUGGACAGUCCAUGGUAUCCCACGUGUCCCCUGGGAGUGCCAUGGACGGUUUGAUGGCACUUCAGAAUAUAAACUUGAUCAGAAGGGGAAGAUAUAUGAGCACAGGGUCCACAAUAUUGCUUUAAAUGCACCUCCAAAGUUUCGUGUUCAAACUGUUCAGGAUAUAAUAGAAUACAUUGGGUGCGGAUCAACACCUAAGCCUACUUUCUUUGAGUUCUCAUCCUCAUUCAAGAACUUUGUGGCACUAUUAGUGAAUUCAUGUGGGUCCAAGCUUCACUUGUCUUCGGUUUUAUCUUCUGUCGGGAAAGAGGAGGAUGAGGAAUCAUCUAAGGAAAGGUUGUGAUGAAAUGAGCUGUUGCUAGGGGUGAGAUGCACUCAUGCACUACAAUUACCCUUACUCUGGAUAUGCAUCCAUAAAAGAUAAACAGUUGUAUGUUUCUUACUCCAAAUUAACUGGCAGGGAUAUGUAAAAUUUUUGUAUAGUGGUUUACUGUACAUGAUAUAAUCUUCGAUGCGUUGCCUGGCUACAUUAAUCUGGUAAUGUAAUAUUUAUUGAGGUGUAAUAUGGCUACAUUAAUAUGCGUUAGCUGCUACAUCUUAUUGGUAAUAUUGGUUUCAUCUUCAC